GACACAUGGUUACAUGUCCCCUGAAUAUGCAGUAGAUGGGAUGUUUUCGGUAAAAUCAGAUGUGUUUAGCUUUGGGGUAUUGGUGUUAGAGAUUGUGAGUGGCAAGAAAAAUAGAGGAUUUAUGCAUCAAGAUCACAACCUUAACCUUCUCGGUCAUGCAUGGAAGCUUUACAAAGAUGAUAGGUCCUUGGAACUAGCUGAUGAGCAGUUAGCUGAUUCUUGUAAUAUUUCUCAAGUUUUAAGGUCAAUUCAAGUGGGUUUAUUAUGCGUGCAACAACAUCCAGAUGAUAGACCAAGCAUGUCUUCUGUGGUUCAUAUGUUGGCUAAUGAGAGUCUACUGCCAAAAGCAAAAGAACCGGGAUUUUUCACAGAACGAAACAUAUUCGAUGAAGGAAAAUCAGGAUCGCAGACAAGAAGUUCAAAAAAUGAAUUCACAAUCACAAUGUUAGAUCCUCGGUAGGUGUGACAAAAUAACUAUUUAAACUUGUUAGUACAUGAAUAGGAAAGAUAUGUAAGAACUUAAAAUAAACAUCAGGUUGAAUUUUUCUACUUGAUUAUAUUAUCUACUUAUGCAUUGGAUCUUUUUAUCUA